AGAUUUCGCAUUUCCUUGUCAACAUGACGCUAAAAUAAGGGUGCUCUCUGCUUCGUUCGUUACCCUUUCCGUGGUCAAAGAUUUGUGACUUUUCUGGGAAGAAAUUUUGAAAAGUAUAAGAUUUGCAUGAGGAGUCCUGGGUGAACUCAAUCAGGUUUCUCAGAUUGACAGGAUGUUGCAGAACAUGUAUCCUUCCAGGUAAAUCAAGAAACAGGAAGCACUUGAGGUGAUUCUGAUCAUCCUUUGUGAUUAGAUGUCGCCCAGUUCUAAAGUGUAAGCAAUAAUGUAAGGUACCACUCUUUAAGGAGAACAGAAGGAAUGAAAAUGGCUUCCAAGAAGAGAGAGAAUCAUAAACCACCACUUGAGAUGCGGGAUAGCGGUGUUUCCUGCUACACCCCGUCUCCUCCACCCAAGAAGUCCUCUUUACCAAGGGCGUCUGAAGGAUGCACCAGAUCCAUCCACAAGGAGCUUUGCCAUCACCAUCCUUCCUUGGAAAGCUUUGAUGAGAUCAAGUCUCGUAGCAGCCCAGAACAAUCUCAGAGGGAGGUGGUGCUGCCACCAAGGCUAGACCUUAGCAGCAUUAUUGGAGAUGAUUCGGAGAGUGAUGUCUCGUCGUCUGGGGUUGCGUCAACCGAUAGAACUAGUCAGUCUCAUGAUGAACACUACCCAGAGCUUGGCUUUGAUACUCCAUCCACAGAGGCUCAAAUGAGCCCAGCUGAUUGGUUACAUCCUGACUACCGUAGUGAUUCUGCCUCCCCUUCACCUGCUCCAUCAAGGUCUUCCAGUCAAAGUUCUACAGGUUACCACAAACUUAGAGGAUCCGGAAGCGGAGAACUGGAGGAUGAGAGUGAAGGCAGCGUCUUGAAAGUCAAAUUGAAGUUAAAAUCAACCCGUCCACUAUCUGGUAGUGGAGGGAGAAAGAGCAAAUUCACUGUAACUAAGGUCAGAACCCCUCCGAGUUCUUCCAAUGAGUUGCUACAUGGAGGAAAGGAUCAAGGGCAUAAGGACACCAAGGAUGAUGUGCUGGGCUCAAGGUAUGUUCCACUUCCUGGUAUUGGAGUUCAAGAGGCUGAUCAAAAUGCCAAUAAAUCACAUGGAGAGACUGAACAAAGACAUUCUGAGAUCAAGGAACAUGUGGGAAGGUCAGCGGCUCGUGACGAGAUGGAUAUUAGAGAGCAGAGACUGAAAGCUCUAGAACGUUCAGCAUCUCAAAGUGAAAUCUGUAGGAAGUUCCCAACGCCACCUCCUCAUUCUGCCAAAACGAUUUCAAGACGGGCGAUGAGGAUGCAACAGUUUGCCAGGAGGAAGAGUGCAAGUCAUGCGGAGUCUGCCUCAAAACAGGGCCUAAGAACUAGUUCCAAGGAAAGUGACUCCUCAGAAAGUAUACUUCUUGCCAUUCGCUUGCCCAACGGAUCCAGGGUUCAGAACCUUUUCGAUCACACCAAAUCCUUACAAAGCGUUGUCGACUUUGCUCUGAAACAAGGGAAAUAUUCUCAAGGUAGGAGCAGCAUUUGUUUGAUCACCAACGAACUGCCUAAGAGAGAAUUAACAGAUUUGUCCCAGACUAUUGCGGGAGCUAAACUUAGUGACAGGACCCUAUUGAAUCUUGAUGUGGUAGACUGAAAGACGAUAGCUACGUGCAAAAUACAUGUGGUAGAGUGCAUACAUGUUCAUCACAGGCUGACGAGAGCAGGGAAAUUAAAAGAUUUACACGCGGUCGUAUUUGUUUUUGUGUUCGGUAGGUCUGUAUGACAAUAAUGUUGUGACAUUGAAAAUUCAAUAAAAAGAUAAUUGUGUCCACCAUGAUACAUCACCUACAUGUAACACAAUAUAAAUAAUUGAGGUCUUACCUUGUUUCUGACAAUGAAUCUAUCAAUCUACAUCAAAAUGGUAAAAAAAGAAAACAAAACAUUCCUUUUUAUUCACUCAGAUCCACUAACCAGGGUCCCAGGGAAGGGCCAUAGAAAUAUCAAAUUUCUUCUUCCCCAUCCAGUACGGAUCCAGUGGGCCCUGUGCCCCAUAUUCAAUCUUUUGCUUGGUUGGAUUAUAUUAAGAGCAAAAAAAAUGCCCCACACCCUUCAUCUGGUAAAUCCUUGAUCCGCCCCUGGCCCCAUCUCCAUUUUCCCAAUCUUUAAAGAAAUGGUGCAUACAUGUAUGUGAUGAUUACUUGACAUGUUUGAAAUAUUUGGAUGAUUAUGUUAUCCUUUUCAUUGGUCUUGCUUUUGCCAUUUUGUGACUAUGGGUUCUGAAACCAAUUGAUGUGAGGGGCUAUAGCCUCUCUGUGAUUGAACAAAUCUCUUAAUUACUGACAUGUGCUUUGUAAAGAUCAUUGAAGCUAACCUGUGUAAAAAUAUUGUUCAUUUUGACUGAGUUGAAUUUGUGCAGUGCCCUUGUAAAGUUUGAUCAGUUUCUUUUGGAACUCAGUUUACUUACUUUAUCAAGCAAACAAUUUGUGUGAAUGUGCAUUCAAUAUCUGAUAGAAUGAUACAUUGGCCCCUAUUUUCAUCCUAUAAUUCAUAAACAUGUGAGAUUUUUUGUGAAUCUAUCCAAAAUGCUGCAAUAAUGAUUUUUGUUAGUCUUCCAAUGACAUUGUUUUUUUAUUGUUGUUUUAUUCCUUUUAAAAAAAUUCUAUAAGUGUGUAUAUUCUGUUACAAAAUGUAUUUUUUGUAUUUUGUAAAGAUAUGAAGUGACAUUUUGUCGAGCUCUUAAGCUAUGUGGACGUAGAAAGUAGACAUUCAUUAUUUUUUCAUUCAUCUAAUAAUGAAAUUCAACUAUUGGAUUUUAGCCCAAUUAUGGAAACAACUUUCAUCUCUACUAUCCACAUGAUGUUUUAAUUAGAAUCUGUCACCCUGCCAUUAAAGACCACAUAUGUCCUGACACACCUUUAAAUUUGUUGAAGCAACCUGUAUAUAAUGAUUAAAACAAAUUUUACAGAAUAAAAUUGAAUAAUUUAGAGUAAAAGGGCAAAAGUACUGGGGCAUUUUCACGGUAACUGACAUUACACGGCACAAUGUUUUCACACCUUUCAUUGUGUGUAUCUCUAAAACAACAAAUGAUGAGAGUUUGCUUUUGAUAGUGUUAAUAAAGUGAACCUUGCUGUAUACUCUGAUACUAAGUUUUCCUAUGUAACCCCUUUUUUUUACGCAUCAGCAAGCAAAAAUGUGUCGGUAACUGACAUUACACAAAAGGACAUGCAAUUUCAGGGUGUUCAUUAAAAUUGAAAUAUCUCAUGUCCCUGAGUAGAUAGAGUAAUAAUUUGAAUAUGUAAAUAUACAUCCGUUACUAGGUUAAGAUGUGUCAAAAUAUUAAAAAAUUUGUUUUUGUCUUUUGGGGACUAUGAUAAUUUUUCCACAACCAUGCUGGUAACUGACAUUACGGUAACUGACAUUACACUUAAUUUGCCAUAGAGAUAACACAUGGAAGUCAAAUGUGUGGAAUCAUUGCAUUGUAUCUUCUGUGCAGGGCUUUACAUGAAAGUGAGCUUGAUGUGGAAGUAUACCCGAAUUUUUAGGAACAUUUCAAUGAAAAUUGUUUUCCUUUUCUUAAUUCCUUUCUUUGAUUUGAACAUUUUUAUCAUUACUUGUCGGUAACUGACAAUACACAUUAACAUUUACCAGUGCUUUAUGAUUUUCAAAGGCAUAAUUUUCUUGGUACUUAUAUGAGAGGCUUUUUAAAAUCAUAAAAGUUUCAUAAUACUUCACAUUUUUAAUUAUCAAAAGAUAAGAAAUGUAUGUUUUACUUACUCGGGGGGGGGGGGGGGGGGGUGGGUCAUAGCAGCUACAUGUUUUCCUAUAGUAAUUUAAUAUUGCAUUGACUGUACACAUGGAUUUUUCUGACUAUACACCCAUAAUAUAUUCAUCAGUUUUAUAUUGACUUUUUAAACCUUUUCCUUCUCCAACCUCCCCCUCCCCUCAAAAAAGGCAAAAAUUAAUAAGGGUCUCCUCCCCUAGGCUACAUGUACAAUGUACCCCUCCCCCGAAUCUCAUGCAGCCAUGUAAUUUUAUUGAUUUCUAUUCUGGUCAGUGCAAGCAAUGCUUGUUCAUAUCAUAUCAAUUCUCUUCAUAAUUUGUUUAAUCAUUUUCUUUGCUAAUUUCUUUUAUAAGCUGUCAACAAAAAAUAAACUCCAGCUUCUAAACUGAAACUGAACUAUUUGUAAAUUAGAAAAAACACCACAGUUUUAGUAGAUCCAUGCAACAUUGAUCAGAACUGUCAAAUUUCACUUUUCAUCUAUACUUGUAAACCAAAAACAAAAUUGUAUCACACAUCCACACUACUAACAGGUAUAAAAACCAGGAAUUUACUUUUAGCGAGGCAAUGCUCAAAAGAAUCCUAGAAACUAAAAAAGGGACCCUGGAAAUCCCCUUCAUCACAAUGUUAAGUUUUAAAAAUGUUGCAGAUUUAGGCAAUAGGUUGGGAAAAGUACCCCCUACCCGCCCCCCCCCCCUUCCAGGAAACCAAACAAAAAAUUGUCUGAUACAAACAAUUAGGUACUUGGUAAGUGCAUGUACAAAACAAUUUCAUAGUAAUUUUUUUUUGCACAAUGGGAAUGCAACUUCCUUCAUAAUUUCAUAUAGUAUUCCUUGUGAACUAUACCUUUUAAAAGUCAAUAGCAAGCUCCUUCUGGUGUGACUUGACUUAAAUAACAAGUAUACAAUAUUUCUUCACCAUAAAAUUGACCACAUAUUUGCAUUUCAAUAUUGGUAACCAACGUUUUAUCAUGGUAACUGACAUUACAUCUCGGUAACUGACAUUACAUUUUCCACUUGGUAACUGACAUUACAUAUAUUUAAUGGUACCCUAUGGCUUCAUUGUUAAUUGGUAAUCUUUAAUUUUGGUGUAGAAGGGAGGGGUGUUACCUAGAGAGGAAAUCUACCAAGUUUCAUAUAAUAUUUCCUCUUUUCCAGGAAAUGAGAAAAAAAAGUUAAUGUUUUCGGUAACUGACAUUACAUACCAUAUCACAUACUUCAUCAAUGUUUUUUUUAUCAGAUGAAUGAAUUACUAGUGUUUCUUUCUGUGGGAUUUUAAAAAGUGUUAUAAUAGCAAGCUAAAUCACAGGCGAAAACAUCAUGAUCAAACCUGUUCUUUAAAAAUCUGUCAAAACAAAAUAUGUAUCAAUAUACUAUUUUCAACACUAAUUUGUAUCCAUACUUUGGCAGCCAUUUUGAAAUAAAAAAUGGCUGCCAGAGUCGGAAAAAAAUUUUGUCUCAGAAACUUCAGGUCUUGUUUUAUUAAAAAACAUAAAGCAUUUUACAU